CAGUUUCAGUAAAAAGCAGCUCGAGGAGGUUUGAAUUAGCGGCGCGGGGGAGCGUGGAGAAGUGUCUACAGUGUCUCGUGCCCAGGGCGCGCGCUCGCAAACCGUGUGCAGCAUAAUGCUGGACACCAUAAGUUGUUAUCCACGCAAUGAAUCCUGCGAACGAAACCAGAGCGGAGAGAACUACAGAACAUUAUUAUUUCACAGCUGGCACCUACAAACUUCUCGCUUUUACUGUCGGGACCAUUGGAGUGUUCGGCUUUUGUAACAACGCCGUUGUCAUCAUACUUUACUGUAAAUUCAAGAGACUGAGGACGCCCACCAAUUUGCUACUGGUCAACAUAAGUUUGAGUGAUUUGCUGGUUUCUGUCAUCGGGAUAAACUUUACAUUUGCUUCGUGCGUCAGAGGCGGGUGGACGUGGAGCCAUGCGACAUGCAUCUGGGACGGCUUUAGCAACAGCUUAUUUGGCAUCGUCUCCAUCAUGACUUUGGCAGCCCUGGCCUAUGAACGCUACAUCCGAGUGGUCCACGCCCAGGUGGUGGACUUUCCCUGGGCGUGGCGAGCCAUUGUCCACAUUUGGCUGUACUCCCUGGCCUGGACGGGCGCUCCUCUGCUGGGUUGGAACCGCUACACGCUGGAGAUCCACCAGCUGGGCUGCUCCCUGGACUGGGCAUCUAAGGACCCCAAUGAUGCCUCCUUCAUCCUCUUAUUCCUACUGGCCUGUUUCUUUGUGCCUGUGGGCAUCAUGAUCUACUGCUACGGAAACAUCCUCUAUGCAGUGCAAAUGCUGCGCUCCAUCCAGGACCUUCAGACGGUUCAGAUCAUCAAGACAUUGCGGUACGAGAAGAAGGUGGCCGCUAUGUUUUUGCUGAUGAUCUCCUGCUUCCUGGUGUGUUGGACACCAUACGCCGUUGUGUCCAUGUUGGAGGCCUUCGGCAGGAAGAACAUGGUCUCUCCCACAGUGGCCAUCAUCCCUUCCUUCUUUGCCAAGUCCAGCACCGCCUACAACCCCCUCAUCUACGUGUUCAUGAGCAGAAAGUUCCGCCGCUGUUUGCUGCAGCUGAUCUGCUCGCGGCGCGCCUGGCUGCAGCGCAGCCUCAAGGAGCGGCCCCUGGCUCCGGUCCAGCGGCCCAUCCGACCCAUCGUCAUGUCCGGGUCGUGCAGCAGCAGGCACCGGCCCAAGAAGAGGGUGACUUUCAGCUCCUCCUCCAUCGUCUUCAUCAUCACCAGCAACGACUUCCACCACUUGGAUGUCACCUCCAAGGCGAGUGAAUCCAAAGAGGUUAAUGUCAUUCAAGUGAGGCCGUUGUGAUCCACAGGGACUGGACUUUUCACAGCACCACUCAGUAUGCCUUAGGACAAUUAACAUGCAAAUCCAAAGCCAAAAUUAUCCUGUAACCUCCACGGACAUUUCUGAGUCAACACACAGUUAUAGGCUUAGUAACAACUAGUUGUAAAUAUAGAUGUCAGACCAAGAUCUCAAUCAAACCUAUGUACUGUAUGUACACUAUGAUAGUGUUUUGUCUAAGAGGGUAGUAUGAACAUGUGACAUCUUCAUCUCAGGGGCAGAGCGAGAGGCGACUUCUGGGGCUCCAUUCCCGAAUGUUUUCUCAAAAGCCCCAAAUCUUUCAGGGUUUUAAAAUAACUCUAACCUUUUGUCAUUUACCCUUAGUCUCUCUGACUGGACAGGCAAAUCAAUGGAGCAAAAGUUAUAUUACUGGGAAAAUAUCCCCAUUCUGUGAACUCUACUAAAAGAGAACAGAAAUUCAGGCCAAUUUUAGGUGGCAGGAGUGAAAAUUAGUCAUCCUCAACAUGUGUUGUGUUCUGGUUUCAGAAUGAUACCAAACAGGAUGUAGGCUCUGCAGGAUGAUUGUUUUUCUUGGCAACUCUUAAGUUUUCCCAAUAAUGUACAGAUUUCUAGGCAUUCUAUUGUCAAAUGGCUUGAAAAAAAAGGCAAAUAGCUGACCCCCACUAGGUUUGGGCUGAGCCCUGAAUGUUAACAGCGUCUGGCUCCCCCUCUGCCUCAUCUACCAUCAGCUGUUGUAAUAUACAGUUAGUACGUAAUGAUGUUGUUAACAACUAGUAAUGUGUUUCUCUUAGUUAAAUGAAUCACACUUAUUUGUCAUAUAUGCCCCACAGUGUACAGUGUAUGUGACGACUGCAGAACUGUGUAGAGUUCUCAGAGGACCUGAGAAUGGAGCAACCAACAUGUGAUAGCAGAUUUUGUUUUGGGUUGGUUCCCAACUGCCAGUGUAUGAAAUGGAACAUAAGCCUUAGCUCCUUAGCCAUAACCAUAAUACACAAACUGACAUUAUUAUGUAUGGGUUCAAUAAAGAGAUCCUAUUUUAAGCUA